CAUCACGGGCAAAGCGCGAAAAACACAGAGCCCCAGAGACAGUGCAGUGCUGUUCCCCAAACAGACCAAAACCCUUUCCAAACAAUCCCAGCGUUUUUUGAUUACUCUCUUCCAUGUGAAGAUUUCUAGAUCCUCUCGCAAUGGCCGAAUCCCGGGUGAAGGUUGGAUUCUUGGCUCCCAUUAAGAACAAUAAGAAGGAAGCUGACAAUGCCUCAGGUGUACCAAUUUUUGAAGGAGUGAAUGUUAUUGGUCGUAAUGAUCUGUCCGUGUCUGACAAAAGAGUGAGCCGCAAGCAUAUAAGUUUGACUGCUAGGCCUGAUGGUUCCGCCGAAGUGGUUGUGGAGGGACCAAAUCCAAUCAUUGUUAAAUCUGGGGAUCAGAGAAAGAAAAUAUGCUCUCAAGACAAAGUCAUGAUUGUUCAUGGUGAUAUUCUAGAGUUGAUUCCUGGGAACUUUUAUUUCAAGUUUAUAGCGCUGGCUAUUGAGAAUCACACAUCUUCAUCCAAAACAAAUGCAAGCUUUUCAACUGAAGGAAAGAAACUUAGCGAAGUGGAGACCGUAACAUUAAAAAGGAAGCGGCAGGUUCUUGAAGAUGAAGCAUUUGCCCGAACUUUGCAGGAUGAGCUGGGAAACGGUAGCAACUCUUUAGUAACUGUAAAACAGGUUGACACUUUGUCCCGAUCGGGCACCAUUGUUGGUUCUCACGAUAACUUGGAGGCCAUUCGUAGGUUUAGGGUUGAUAAAAAUGAACUACCGUUAACCUUUCGACUUAUGCGUGUUCAAGGGCUACCUGCAUGGGCAAAUUCCUCCUCAGUUUCCAUAGGGGAUGUGAUACAGGGGAAUGUGCUUGUUGCUGUCCUUUCAAAUUACAUGGUGGACAUGGAUUGGUUAAUAUCUGCAUGUCCAAUUCUGAGGAAGAUACCCCACGGACUUGUUAUUCAUGGAGAAAGUGGUGCUAGAGUGGAGCAUAUGAAGAAGAGCAUGCCUGCAAAUUGGGUUCUGCACCGCCCCCCGCUUCCCAUUUCAUAUGGAACACAUCAUUCAAAGGCCAUGCUCCUUGUAUAUCUUCGGGGGGUGCGUAUUGUUGUACAUACAGCGAAUUUGAUCUAUGUUGACUGGAACAACAAAAGCCAAGGUUUGUGGAUGCAAGAUUUCCCGUGGAAAGAUCAGAAGAAUCUGAGCAGACCAUGUGCAUUUGAAAAUGACUUAGUUGAUUACCUCAAUGCACUAAAGUUGCCUGAUGUCAGUGUUAAUCUGCCAGGCCUUGGCAAUGUCAAUGUUAAUGCUUCAUUCUUUAAGAAGUUCGAUUAUAGCAAUGCAUCGGUCAGAUUAAUUGCAUCUGUUCCUGGUUAUCAUGCGGGUUCCAACCUUAAAAAGUGGGGCCAUAUGAAACUACGGACCAUCCUGCAGGAAUGUGUUUUCGACAAAGAAUUUCGAGGGUCCCCUCUUGUGUAUCAGUUUUCCUCACUUGGUUCUUUGGAUGAGAAGUGGAUGGCUGAAUUAGCAUCUUCAAUGUCAUCGGGUUUAUCUGACGAUAAAACACCUUUGGGCUUGGGGAAAGCAAUGAUAAUUUGGCCUACUGUUGAAGAUGUCAGAUGCUCUUUGGAGGGUUAUGCUGCUGGUAAUGCCAUUCCAAGCCCACAAAAGAACAUAGAGAAAGAUUUCUUGAAGAAGUAUUGGGCAAGAUGGAAAGCAGAUCACACUGGUCGGGGUCGUGCAAUGCCUCAUAUAAAAACGUUCACUCGAUACAAUGGUCAAAAUCUUGCUUGGUUUCUCCUGACUUCAGCAAACCUUAGCAAAGCUGCGUGGGGUGCACUUCAGAAGAAUAACUCCCAACUUAUGAUCCGUUCUUAUGAGUUGGGGGUCCUAUUCUUGCCAUCUCUCAUCAAAGGUGAAGGUUAUGGUUUUUCUUGUACAGAGAAUGGCGGUUCCAACCAGGGUAAUAAAUGCGAAUCAUCACGAAAUGCGGAAGGGUGCAAAACAAAGCCGGUGACUCUUUGUGGGCAAGGAAAGAGAAGUCCAGAUUCAUCAUCUGCUGUCAUCCAACUGCCAGUUCCAUAUGAACUCCCUCCACAACCAUAUAAGCAUGAAGAUAUACCAUGGUCAUGGGACCGGAGAUAUCAGAAGAAGGAUGUCUAUGGUCAAGUUUGGCCACUGCAUGUUCAGCUCUAUACCGAUCAAGACUCUUGAGCAGUUUUCAGUAAGAAGUUUCAUAUUCUUUUUCACCGUGGCACUAUGGCAGGUGAUUUUCUGGCUCUGGAGAUGGUAGGUUUUGACAGAGCUCAGAUGGACAAAAUGAUAUAUGGAGAGUUUGUGGCAGGUUUGGUUUGUGGUGUUCCUCUUUUCAGGGUUUCUGUACAGCACAUGAAGUAAUUUGCGUUCAGCGGUAGAGGAAUACUCUCCAGAGAUGUCCUGGGCUGCUCAUCAGGUGGUUCAUGCAUGCAGAAAAUAAAUGGAUGGAUAGAAAAAGCAGAACUCAAGUUCCCAUUCAUUUAGAUGUGUAGCUCGCCUGAUGAAUUGGUCAGUCUUAUUUCUGGGCAUUGAUGAACAUCACAGAUCUGGCACAUUUGCCACAUUUAUGUUGGGGAUAACAUGCACGCACGAGGCGGGCAGCGAGGGUCACUCGUUCUAGGCGAAUCUACUGCUGUCCAAAGACUGAGCUCUGGGAAUCCAAACAUGUAUUUCAAGAAGAGCUUUGGAAAUAUUUGUUUGAGAUUUUUGGCCGCCGUUAGAUGAUGUGUGGUGUAGAUAAGACUACCAAUCUUAUACUUGAAAUAAUUAAUUAGCAGAAGAUCAUAGGAAAUGGAAUGAUACAACUAUUUCCUCGUAAGCUUGAA